CCCUCCCCCGCUGCCCUUUUUCUCCUGGCCGGGUGCAGGGGAGCAUGCCCGCGCCUGGCCGCCGCCAGCUCGCAGGGACUCCAACGGGCGUGCAGCGCCCCCCCCCGCCCCGCGCGCUCUGGGAUGGCCCCCGGCCCCGGCCCGGGACCCGAGGUCCCGCGUGCCGCGCACUGAAAGGCGUUUCCCGCUCGCGCCCUCCUGCCCGCCAGCACCAUGGGCUGUAAUAUGUGCGUGGUGCAGAAGCCAGAGGAGCAGUACAAAGUGAUGCUGCAGGUAAACGGGAAGGAGCUCUCCAGGCUGUCUCAGGAACAAACCCUGGAGGCCCUACGCUCCUCCAAGGAGCCCCUGGUCAUCCAGGUGCUAAGACGCAGCCCCCGCCUCCGAGGGGCCAGCUCCUGCCAUGACCUGCAACUGGUGGACAGUGGCACUCAGACCGAUGUCACCUUCGAGCACAUCAUGGCGCUGGGCCAGCUGCGCCCACCCACCCCACCCGCAGUCAUCUUGGAGCCGUACGUCCUCUCUGAGCUCCCCCCCAUCAGCCAUGAGUAUUAUGACCCAGCGGAGUUCCUGGAGGGCGCCCCACAGGAGGCAGACCGUUUGGAUGAGCUCGAGUAUGAGGAGGUGGAGCUGUACAAAAGCAGCCACCGGGACAAGCUGGGCCUCAUGGUCUGCUACCGCACGGAUGACGAGGAGGACCUGGGCAUCUACGUCGGAGAGGUGAACCCUAACAGCAUCGCUGCCAAAGAUGGCAGGAUUCGUGAGGGGGACCGCAUCGUGCAGAUUAAUGGUGUGGAUGUCCAGAACCGAGCAGAGGCCGUGGCCGUCCUGAGUCAGGAGGAGAACACCAACAUCUCUCUGCUGGUGGCCCGGCCUGAGAGCCAGCUGGCCAAACGAUGGAAGGACAGCGACCGUGAUGACUUUCUGGAUGACUUUGGCUCCGAGAAUGAGGGGGACCUACGUGUGCGCAAGUUGAAAUCCCCCCUGGCCCAGCAGCCUGGAAACAAGGAGGAGAAACGCCCUUCCGACACGGGGCCGGGCUUGAGCAACAGCCAGGAGCUGGACAGUGGCGUGGGCAGGACAGAUGAGAGCACCCGCAAUGAGGAGAGCUCGGAGCAUGACCUGCUGGGUGAUGAGCCGCCGAGCACCACCAACACACCUGGCACUCUGCGCAAGUUUGGCCUACAGGGGGACGGUCUGGCGCUGCAGAGCCGUGACUUCCAUUUCAGCAUGGACUCGUUGCUGGCCGAUGGUGCAGGGUUGGGCGCUGGUGAUGUGCCAGGCCUCACUGACGAGGAGUACGAACGCUACCGGGAGCUGCUGGAGAUCAAGUGUCACUUGGAGAAUGGCAACCCUCUGGGGUUGCUAUUUCCUCGUGCUGUAGGUGCCCACAGCGCCCUGGAUGUGAACCGCAAUGAGAGCCUGGGCCAUGAGAUGGCCAUGCUGGAGGAGGAACUGCGGCACCUUGAGUUCAAGUGCCGCAACAUCCUGCGUGCACAGAAGAUGCAGCAGCUCCGUGAGCGCUGCCUGAAGGCCUGGCAGCGCGAUGAGGAGAGCCUGUAUGAGCUGGCAGCCGGGGACCCCAAGAAGCAUGAGUUGCCUGACAUCUCCGAGCUGCCCGAGAAGUCUGACAAAGACAGCACGAGCGCCUAUAACACGGGAGAGAGCUGCCGCAGCACCCCGCUGCUGGCCGAGCCCCUACCCGACAGUCCCCUACGCCGGGGGGCAGCUGCUGGCAACUCCAACUUGAACCGGACCCCCAGUGGCAAGGCUGGUGCCACUGCUGCCAAGGCUGCAACCCCUGCACCUGGUAGCCCUGUCAAAUUCCGCUCCCUUUCACGGGAUCCCGAUGGGAGCCGGAAACAGCACUUGGAGGAGCAUGUGUCCCGCAGCCCCAAGGCCGGGGGCACCCUAGAGCGAGUGGGCCCUGAAGGUAGUCCUUAUCUGUCCCGGCGCCCCCAUGGCGCUGAGAGCGAGCACUACCACAGCUGUGUGCAGCUGGCCCCGCCACGCAGCCUGGAGGAGCUGGGCCCCACACCCCUGAGCUUGGCCAGUAGCCCCAGGGUCGGAGGUGCAGCAGCUGCGGCCCCUGAGGCCCCCCGCAUGGAGUGGAAGGUGAAGGUGCGAAGCGACGGAACUCGCUAUGUGGCCAAGCGGCCCGUGCGUGACCGGCUGCUGAAGGCGCGUGCGCUCAAGAUCCGCGAGGAGCGUAGUGGCAUGACGACGGAUGAUGAUGCAGUGAGCGAGAUGAAAAUGGGGCGCUACUGGAGCAAGGAAGAGCGAAAGCAGCACCUUAUCCGGGCCCGUGAGCAGCGGAAGAGGCGUGAAUUCAUGAUGCAGAGCCGCCUGGAGUGCCUGCGUGAGCAGCAGAGUGGUGACAGCCGGGCUGAGCUGAACAUCAUUGCCCUGAGCCACCGCAAGACUAUGAAGAAGCGGAACAAGAAGAUUCUGGACAACUGGAUCACCAUCCAGGAGAUGCUGGCGCACGGCACACGCUCGGCCGAUGGCAAGCGGGUGUACAACCCCCUGUUGUCUGUCACCACCGUGUGAUCAAAUGCCCGCCCGCCCCAUAGAACCUAGCGCUUCUGUGUGUGCACAUGCACCUGCACAUGUGUGUGUAGGACUGGUGGCCUGAGACGUCCUCCAGGACAAAGGGCCUUUCUCUGCCGUUGGUUCCUUACUUUUCAAGCACAGUGAGUGCGUUGCCAACCAGCCGGCCCAGAUGUUCAGUACGGGCAUGUACACACACAAGCACAUGUGUCCAGGGAAGGAGGCUGCAGAGGACUGUGAAGCACAAGAGAGUAUCUGGGGCAGUGGGUAGCCAGUGCAGCCUCACUCCUGCAGGAGCCCGUGAUUUGUAGACAAAGGAACCCCGAUUUUUGUGGUUUUUCUCCCUUUCUGUGCUUGCCAAUUCCUGUUUUUCUGUUUUGUGGCCCUGCCUGGGGCUGGCAGCCUAACCCAAGGUGGAGCCCCCAGUGACGGCUGGG